CGAUUUUUGGUGGGUAGAGCUGGUCGUAGAUCAGCUUUUCAAUAAUAUCCGGGACUCUCGUGUGACAGUCAGCUGAUAUAGUAUUAGGUGUGUUUCUAUAUAUUUUUUCCCCCCUCAGUACAGUACUCCAGAUAGAUCUAGUUGCAAUUAGAUUUGGUGAUUUAACAAUAGUCUAAAACCAACCGGUAAGAACUGGUAUUUGGUUUGAAAAAAUGGCAGCACACCCGCCAAAGACAAAGAUUCUGAUAAGUGCAAAUAAAAGGUUGCAAAACCUGAAAGAGGCCUUCGAGAAAAAGUAUGGAGAAGCACCUCUUUUUUAUGCACGAGCUCCCGGAAGGGUCAAUCUAAUAGGAGAACACAUUGACUACUGUGGUUAUGCUGUGCUCCCAAUGGCUAUUGAGCAGAGUAUUCUUGCUGCGGUCACUGUCAACGAUUCCAAGAAAAUCUACCUGGCCAACACAGAACCUAAAUACAAGGACUUUACAGUCUCUUCAGAAGAUAUUGAGAUAGACAAGGACAAUCCUCAGUGGUACUAUUACUUUCUCUGUGGGGUGAAAGGGAUUCAGGAGCACCUAGGGAAGGUUCCUCUGUCUGGGAUGAAGUGUGUUGUGGACGGGACCAUCCCGGCUAGCUCAGGCCUGUCCAGCUCCAGUGCCCUGGUCUGCUGUGCUGCGCUCCUCACGAUGGAGGUUAACCACAAGUCCCUCAACAAGGUGGCGCUGGCAGAGAUUUCAGCCAAGUGUGAACACUACAUUGGCACUGAGGGUGGGGGCAUGGACCAGUCCAUCUCCUUCCUGGCAGAGGAAGGAACUGCCAAGCUGAUUGAGUUCCACCCUCUGCGGGCGUCUGACGUACGUCUCCCUGAGGGAGCAGUGUUUGUUAUCUCUAACUGCUGCGUUGAGAUGAACAAGGCUGCUACCUCUCACUUCAACAUCCGGGUGGUCGAGUGUCGGAUAGCCACCAAGAUGUUGGCGAAGGCUCGGGGGCUGGAGUGGGGCCGGCUGCUGAAGCUGUCCCAAGUGCAGACAGAGCUGGAGGCCUCUCUGGAGGAGAUGCUGCGGCUGGUGGCUGAGGUGCUGCACCCUGAGCCCUACAGCAGAGAGGAGGUCUGCAAGGCCCUGGGAAUCACCACAGAACAGCUCUGUACAGACCUCCUUAGCCCCAACACACAGCACGUGGCCCAGUUCAAGCUGUACCAGCGGGCCAGGCAUGUAUACGGCGAGGCGGCACGAGUCCUGAGGUUCAAGAGCGUGUGUGAUGAAGCUCCCUCCGCACCGAACGGCGUGCAGCGUCUCGGAGACCUGAUGAAGCAGAGCCACGCCAGCUGCAGAGACCUGUAUGAGUGCAGCUGUCCAGAACUGGACCAGCUGGUAGAGAUAUGUCUGCAGUCUGGUGCGGUGGGAUCCCGGCUGACCGGAGCAGGCUGGGGAGGCUGUGCUGUCUCCAUGGUCCCCACUGACAAGGUGGAGUCUUUCCUAAAGAGCGUCCGAGAGUUGUACUACUCGGCAGACCCACGCAGAGCCGAGCUAGAGAAACACAGUCUGUUUGUCACCAAGCCUGGUGGAGGGGCGGCCAUCUUCCUUGAAGACUGAAGUCAAAAAAUGCUUUUUGAGGUGAAAUGUCUUCCUUGCCGUUUCACCUUUUCAGUAUUUUUAGACUAUUAUUUUAGUCGUGACUCUGACUAAUUCUCAUGCCAAAAUGACACGGUUGAUGAUUCUGGAAUUUCAAGGGCAAUGAUAAUCAAAGCUAGUCUGCUCCCAGAUCUGUUUUCUCCUUCUAUAGCCCGAUUCUAGAUCUGUUGUCUCCUUCUAUAGCCUGAUUCUAGAUCUGUUUUCUCCUUCUAUAGCCUGAUUCUAGAUCUGUUGUCUCCUUCUAUAGCCUGAUUCUAG